AUGGCCUGGUAUGAUGCUCAGCGAUACUGCAUGGAGAACUACACUGAUCUGGUCAGCAUUAGAAAUCAGAAACAAAACGAGGAGGUGAUGCUGAACGGGAAGAAAAGCAUCACGCCGUUCUGGAUCGGCCUGCUGUGUGAUGUCUGGGAGUGGGCUGAUGGAGGACUCUCUGGCUACAGGAACUGGGGAGGUGAUAACUCUCAGCCAUUUAGCUGCGUAGAACUGGUGAAAGGAAAGAACAACAUCAUGUCCUUCUGGAUCGGCCUGCUGUGUGAUGUCUGGGAGUGGGCUGAUGGAGGACUCUCUGCCUACAGGAACUGGGGGACUGGUCAGCCUCGAUCAGAAUCAGACUGUGUAUGCAUAGAAACAAGCAAAUGGAUCUCAGUGCCAUGCAAUAGUUAUAUUAAUUCUGCUCUGUGCUACCGCAGUAAUCUCACAGGUAUCAGAACACAUUCCCACAGCACUAGAGAACAUGCCUGAUGGCUUCUAAUCAUAACGUAGUGAGUAACCAACAAGAGAACCUUUGCUGCACUCUUUUCUGCAACAGUGGUUUCUGCUGCAGUCCGAAGUCGUCUCAGAACAUUCCACAUCAUUGGGGAUGUGAG